UAUUUGACAGCUGGCAAAAGAAUUAAAUAAGACUUGUGUGCUUUUGCGAAAAUUUUUCAGCAUUGAAAAAUUCUAUUUGUAUAUUUUAAUUAGAAAAUCUGCAAAAAUUAACAGUUACAUACUAAAUUGUAGCAAAAAAGCGAAAAGAAAAUGUAAAUACAAAUACUUUCGACGAUAUAAGACACCUUUAAAAAAGUGCAAAAAUAAGUAAAUUUGUGUUAUACUACAUAUAUAAUCAAUUCGGUAUCUUGGUUGCUGUUUGACAUUAAAAAGCUGCUGGCCGGACCUGCAAAUUUUAUCCACCGUUAGUUAUGUUUUUAAAGCGUAGAGGGAAAUUCUUUAAAAGAACUAAAUUUGGGCCCCUUUCAUAUCUUAAUUUAAAUUGAAAUACUUAAAUUGUUUUUACUUUUGUUCUAAUUUGGAUUUAGCACAGUUUGGUUAAUAUACAGUGAAUGAGAAAUGCUUCAUCGCAGUAAAAAUUGCUGGCAGGCACAUUGAAAUCGCCUGCACUCACAAGUCAAACACACAAAUGUCCUUACCAUAAAAUAAAGAACAAGAAAUUAAACAACAUAGAACGAUUUGAAAAAGAAAGAAACUUAAAUCCCUAACUCUUCCAUCAAAUAAUCACCAGUAUUGCAUUUGGCGUGUAUAACAAAUCUAUAACAUAUGUUUAUUUAAUAUCGCUCACAUAGUUGACUAGCCUAGGCGCACCUGCAGCAAUUCCCAAACUACCCACUCCAGAACUUUUGGUUUAUUUUGUGUGACAUUGCAACCACUUAUUGGUUUGCGCCACUUACUCUAAUCUUUCCUCGAGUUAAAUGUUAAUUUUCUGUAGCAUCAUUCCCGCAAUCUGCGAAAUUUAAUGCCAUAUGUCAGCAAUUAUCAAUCAUUGACUGAGGCUCCUGCAGUAAAUUCAUUUUAUAAUACACAAAGUUAUCCAAAUUUAUAUGCAAUGUAUGAAACAUAUAAAUUCUUAAAUGUAAUAUUUCGUGCUUCAGUCAUUCCGGGAGCAUUCAUAUUAAUUUGGCUGGCUGGGAUAAUAUCACUUGCCGUAGUACAAUUAUGUAUGCUUGUUUUCCUCAUAAUAUUUGUUGGAUUCCCAAUAGUAUUUCGUUAUUCUAUAACACUGCAAAAAGGCAUUCUGUUUCUAACAUUUAUCACAUACCCGAAAGAUCUCGAUCUAUCGAAUCCGGCCAGUGUAGGACUCUUUGGCACCAGGAAUCUACAUCUGAGUGUACUUGAUCCAGAUGCUGAGGAACGCCAUGAUGGAGUACGCAUCGGUGUCUGGCAUGUGCUGCCCUUGCACUUAGUGAAGCGUUUUGCUAAAGAACUGAAAAUUGAUACGCAUACGCACGAGGAAUUGCAGAACGCCACACUUGAGCUAGACGAAGAAAUAGAGCAAUUGGUGCCCGUUCUUGAAUCGGAAUUCCCUGAGGUGAAUGUCGAGAAUGAGCAGCUCUUUUAUGAGCGCAUGCUUAAAUUGCCCGGUACCAUAGUUCUUUACCUGCAUGGCAAUACUGCGUCUCGUGGUUCGGGUCAUCGCGUGGAAAUGUACCAGGUGCUGCGUAAACUUGGUUAUCACGUAUUGUCGUUAGAUUAUCGUGGUUAUGGUGAUUCUGAUCCGGUUUCGCCCACCGAAGAGGGUAUUGUGCGUGAUGGGCUAGCCGUGUAUGAAUAUAUUAGGAAUAUGACAACGAAUCCGAUUUUUAUUUGGGGGCAUUCUCUUGGUACCGGCGUGGCUUGCCAUCUGUGUGCAGAGUUGAGUUUGAAUUUUAAAAUGAAGCUACCACGUGGGGUGGUGUUAGAGGCGCCUUUCACGAAUAUACGUGACGAAAUAAGAUUACAUCCCUUCGCACGGCCAUUCAAAGACCUGCCUUGGUUUGAUUUGACCAUUUCGCGUCCAAUGUAUUCGAACUCAUUGCGGUUUGAGUCGGAUCGGCACAUUGCCGAAUUUCGCCAGCCGGUAAUGAUACUUCAUGCCGAAGAUGACUAUGUUGUACCAUUCGAGCUAGGGUACAAACUUUAUCGAACAGCACUGGAUACGCGUGGCAAAACAUGGGGUCCUGUUGAGUUCCAUCGUUUCAACGGCGAUGCGGGUUACGGACAUAAGUUUCUGUGUCGCGCACUCCAACUACCGCAUCUGGUUCAAAAAUUUAUCGACACUUAUCGCAACGACGACUUCUGAAAUUAAAUUGAAGAAAUGCCCGACUCAAAGGACUCUGGUAUUUUCCCAUAAUAUGCACUGAUUGGGCUUAAAUAUCACCACACACAAAGUGCAAACGUCUAAUUCGUACAUUUUUAAUCUGUUCUAAACUAAAAAUCAUGUAAAAGUAACUACUUAUUUUUUCAUAUACAAACAUUUUAAGUUAAUUAGUAUUAUUACCGAAACAGGUUAUUUGUGGCCUACACAAAACUAAGCUCAUCGUGUAACUCGAAGGUAUUUUCUGAUUUUAAAAUUUUUGGAAGAAAUAAACGCUUUAGGUAUAA